AUGUUAAGAUCCAGCCCAGUGGAAUGUGCACGAGAGGAAGUCAUGAAAAACCUACGAAUAGAAUCUUACUUUAACCUGAAUACUGAAUCAUCCGACAAGCCUCCCCGGUCAAAAAUUAAUUUUGCUCCCAGAGAUCCCUCAGAGCCAGACAAACUGGAGAGGAUACGCCCCAAGAUGUUGAAAAAUCAAGCCGAAAUUCAAGCAAUGGAAGACGACCGCAAACCAAUUGUGUCUAAGAUCAACGAUGUCAAGAGUCGAGACGAAUUCCUUGCGAGUGAACUGGAAACGUUCGAUCGCCACCUGAAGGUGCUGGCUCAAGCAAGAGUGUUUGACCUUUACGCAGAUUCAGGCUUCACUCUCUGCUCGCGCUAUCAUGCUUCAGAAGCUCCCGCUAGUCCGCAAUUCCCCAAGCCUUCUCCCUCAUGCGAAAGAGAGGAGAGAUCCUCCGCUCCCAAUCCAGUUUUUGCAUUUCUCCAGUGCCUUGGGCUCAAAUAUUUAAUUGAUAGCAACGAAGAUCGGAUACCGAAAAUUAGAAGCUUGGAGGAAUCCACUGGCCCAGUUUCUCGCCUGGACAACACGUUGACUGGGAGCUCUGGGACCACGGAAGCACGUCCACUCGAAACUCUGAAUCAAGACGGAAGUCGGCAUAUCGUGGAAACCGAGCGUAAACAGGUUGAAUUAAGCGGUGAACCACUGCACCUGAUUCAGAACAAGCUUUUUCCUAUUAGUGAAUUGUGGGGGAGGUUGGAAACACUCAUGUUCUAUGGCGUAACAGAGGCCGACGACAAAGAUCCCAAGGACCCCUUGGCGAUACUCAAGACAUAG